GGACUGUUUGCAGUUACCCUACAGAACCAGUUUAAAGGUGACUGCUUUUCCUUGUGCUUAGAAAAUCUAGAAGAGACCCUGAAUUUUUAAGAUGAACAAUGUGUGAAGUUACUUCAGCUGAAAUCCCCCAUCUUACUGAUGAAAACAUUGAGAGCUAUCUGGCGUCUGAUAGUGUACUGGUUUACUACUUCAACGAGUUCUUACGUCUGCCGUCUUUCUCAGAGGCCUUGGUGUACAAUCAGGAAUCUGGGCUUUUUGAGGUGGUGAAUGGAGCAGCUCAGCUUGUCUCCAAAAGAAUCACAACUGCCCUGAAACUCAAUAAAAACCUUCUGGUGUCUGGUGACCUUGCUGGGUUUUCCUGUAUGCCACCACCAGACAACCAUUACUCUGUCUGUAGCCUUGAUAAGAAGGAAGGAAUUCGGUGGAUUAAAGGAAAAAGAUUGCCCUUUUUCCUCCAGAGUGACUGCUACCAUGAAUACAGACUUACCAAGCUCUUAUUUCAGGGGAACCCAAACUUUUGUAGCCAUGAAAGGAAAAACUGGUCAGAUCGAGCCACUUGUUCAGCUUCAGAAUUGCAUUGUCGCUCCUGGUUUAAAGAAAAUGUCAAUGCACUGCAGGUUCUACAUUCCCUGGAGAGUAUAUCAGCAAAACAAGUUUUCUCUGAUCUUGAAUGUGAGCAAACUCAGGUGCUCCACAGCUCAUCUGGCCUGUCAGCAGGUCCUGGAGAACCGCACUGUCCCAGUAUGACCUGUGAUAACACAGUUGCUGAAAAACAGCUGAAGCACUUGGCUGACAAAGUGGUUAAUCAGGUGCUUAAAGAUGCUGUGAACAUUUUGCACACACAGAGACAGGCUGAAACCUCUGAGUGGGUCAGCAAAUCUGGACACCAGUCAAACCUCUUCAGGACCGGCAAACAAAACAUCCAACACACAACAAAUAAAGACAGAGAAAGACUGGACGGGAAGAAAGAGACAUUACUAAAUGAUACAAGGAGGAGUAGAGAUAAGCCGUUAGGGGUUGAGACAGGUAGGAGAGUCACGAACCAACGAAAUCCUGUGGUUUGGUGCUGGCAAGACACCUGUUGCUACAAGAACUGGCCUUGCUUGGAUGAGUUUAAGGAUUUUCUGCAAGGAACACCAGCAGAGAAGCUCCUAAAUCUGUGGAUAGAUAUAGAGAGACUGAGAGCGAUGCAGCAGAUUGAGCAAAAAAACAGGUAUUUGGUUCUAAUGAGGAGCCGGUACCUGUUGAGCAGCAGUCCCAGCUGUCUGAAUGUGGAGCUGCUCUCAAGGAUGGGACUGACUACCUCCCCCUGCUGGACAGAGGAGAAGCUGUGCUCGGUUCAGGCACUCCUAACUGAGCCUCUACUCAACUACUGGCUUCCUCGUUUCUGGACAUCCCAGUGUGUUCGGGAUGUCCCAAAUGUCUACCCUCAGGUGGGACUUUGGACAGAGACGUGUUGCUACUGCCCUCUGUCAGGAAGAAAGCCCUGCGGUAGCUUAACAUCUCUGCACGGCCUAAAACCUGAGGUGUAUUUGUCUCCAUUUCCUCACCCUAACCCUAAUAUUAAUUGUCCGUUACCAUUUGGAAGAAAAACGGAGCAGAUGCUGCAGUGUCUCUUAGCCGAGUUUCGGACUGGGCUGUACUUCACACACUUCUGUGAACAUUCUGGAAACCAGCUGUGGGUAAAUGCAAUUUACUUCUGGAGAGACCUGCAGAACUACCAUAAACUAUUCAGCCAGGAUGGACAGGACCCCUAUAGAGUGCAGAGAGAGGCACAGCUCCUUUACUCCACUUACAUCUUCAACUCCGCCAGGAGGAGCAUUAAUGUUAACGCGGAAGUCAGGAUGGAGGUGUACAACAGGAUGCUGCCUGCAUUUGAGGAGCUGUUUAAUGGGGUGGAAGAACAUGCACUGGACAUCCUUCUGGAGCCGUGGACACUGCUGAUCAAGGGGGACAAAGAGUCAUUCCAGCAGGUGUGUGUGCAGGAAGAGGUGCGCUGCAUUGACAGUCCAGAGUACAGAGAACUCCAGAGGCUAAACAAGGAGUCAGACCAGCAGCUGAGACAGAACAAGUCUAUGUUUUUUCCUUCAUCUAUUGCUCCAUCGCCAUACUUCUCUAAAGGUUCUCAAGUCCUUGAUGCGUGGUCCAGAGUGUCUCCAAUUUAUCAGGGCUAUCGUUUAGGUUCCAUACUUCGUCAGCAUCAUGAGAUUGGACACUUCAUGGCUUUCCUACAGAAACACAAAGCUAGUAUUCAUUUAAUGUGUUGGCUGGACCUGGAGCAGUACAGGAGGACUUCUAAGAGGGAUAAGACCAUCAGGCAGGAGUGGUCAUCUCAAAUUGCUCUCAAGUACCUCAACAACAAAUACUUAUUUGGUCCCGAUAGCCCUGCGACAGCAGAACAACAGAAUGAUAUACUACGUUCGGCAGGUGGACAGGAGGCGCUGAAGACAGAAAGCCUCUCAAACCCAGUUGUGAUGGAAAUCCAGGAAAUAAUCAGGAAUCACAUUGAAGAAACAUGGCUGCCUUUGUUCCUCUGCACAACAGAGUUCAGUGAGCGACAGAAAAACAAGGAAAAGCGGCAAACUGCUGAAAGGUUCUCACAGCACAUCUACUACCGAAGCAGAGCAAGGAAAGGAGCCUGGAAGCCUGAUAGAUUGUGGAUGAGUUGCUCUAAAGAGAUCCUGCUGUUUCGGAGAACUCUUCUCGACCCGUCCACCUGCCAGCAGUUCCAGCACUUUGUCUCUCUGAAAGGAGACUUCCUAGAAAAUGAUGUACGUUUCUGGGUGGAGGUGCAGAGAUACAAGGACCUCUGUCAUUCACACAGCAGUCUGGCCGUCAUCCAGCAAAAAGUCUCUACCAUCAUCAACUGUUUCAUCAAUUCGUCCAUGCCGCCCGCUCUGCAGAUCGACAUUUCUCCUGAUCAGGCUCAGCGUAUCCUGGAGAAGCGCCAUGAGCUCGGUCCUUAUAUCUUCAGAGAGGCACAGAUAUCAGUCUUCAGUGAAUUGCUGAAGUUUUGGCCUACAUUUCAAGAGCUCAGCAGGGGUGUCUGCAAAAGGCAGCUUCUUCCCCUGCUGCAGGAGAAGAGAGCUAAAUACAAAGCCAAAGAACGGAGACGAAGACGGAGGGAGGAGGAGAAUGAUGAAAGAAGAGCACAGUUUGACCUUUUUUUACAGGAGGAACUGGAGAGACAAGAGUCCUGUUUUAGAGACGAGGAGAAUGAGACGGAUAAGAGUGAUGAUGAAUUGGAGCAAGAGGGCAUAAAUGAAAAGAAUCGAUCGAGAUCACAAAGCGGGGCACUGAUGACUCCCCCCACAAAACCACUGUUCUGGUCAUACUCCAAGUACAUGGCAGCUCUGAACAGGGAGGAGGUGCUGCUGAGGAGACAAAACCAGCUUGAGGAUUCCUUCUCCACAGCCUCAGACUCCUUCACUGACUGCAGCAUCAAGUCAGGGAGCAACAGGCAAAGCUACCAGCUGCCAUCAAAUAACUCCUCUAAACAGUUCAGCAGACAUAACACAGAACAUUCAACAUAAAGAGAGACUCAACAUGUGACAAUCUUGGGCUUUGGCACUGAGGAUGAGCGACACUGCUAUCUGAGAGCGAACCUUCAACUGAGACCUUGAUUAUAAGGCAGAAGGUUAAGACAGUAUGAUGUAAUGAUAUUAUUUCCAAUCCGGGCCAUAAACACAAUCGACCAUGACCAGAGUGACCAGACUUUGUAUGAUAAUUGUGAAAGUAGUGAAGUUCAUGGUUCUAACAGAACCUUUUUUAGCUGCAAAUAAAAAAAUAAAUAAAGAA